AGGCGGGACGUGGCGUCGACUGCUGCGGUCUCCUCCGACCCCUGGCAAAAGCCAUUGAGAAACCAGCUGGACGUCACGCGCCGGAGCCUGUCUGGGAGUCAGAGCGAGGCGACUCCAUCCCCGCAGCUUCCGCGGAGCCCCGAGAUGCGGCGGGCCUGGGGACCCGGGUCCCUCGCGCUCCUGCUUCAGCUCCUCCAGCUCGCGUACCUGACUCUGCCAGGCAAUGGCAACGAGGGCAGCGUCACUGGAAGCUGUCACUGUGAUAAAAUAAUUUCUUCGGACUCUCCGCCAUCGGCUCAGUACAUAUAUCAUCUCCGAAAACAUCUGAAAUCUUACCAUCACUGUCCGCGCUACGUCAGGUUCCAGCUGCCUCUCCGAAGCGUGUGUGGGAGCAGCAAGGACCCAUGGGUUCAGGAAUUGAAGAGCUGCCUUGAUCGCAGAGAAUGUGGACAUGCUUACUUGGGGAGUGCAGCCCACCGGGAGCAUUUGCCUCCUACCAGCCCCCCUACUUCUCGGGCCUCAGAGCGGACAGCUUCAGACAUCCGUACCCCUGCCCAGAUGCUCCUGUCCACCUUGCAGCCCACCCAGCAGCCCACCCACCCACCAGGAUCACUAUCCUUGGACAAAGAGCUCACCCAUCCCAGUGAAACCACUAUUCCCACUGUGGGCCACAAUCUAGGAGUUGGACCUGAGGCUGGGGAGAACCAGAAGCAGCUGGAAAAAGCAGCUGAUCCUACAGCUGGGACAUCAGCCAUAGCACCGGUGCUGUCCCUCCUGGCCAUCGUCUUCAUCCUCACAGCACUUCUUUCCUAUGUGCUAUGCAAGAGGAGGAUGGGCCAGUCACCGCAAUCCCCUCCAGAUUUGCAGCUUUAUUAUACACCUGUGGCACCUGACUCUAAUAUCUGAGGUGAGAAUGUGAGCUCGUGAGGGUAAACUGUGGUUUACUUUCAUAAAAAGCAUAAUAAACGAGACCAAUCACUGACAACAUGGUAGGCACUGUAUACGUACUUGUUUUUCUGUUUUUAGAGACGGGCUCUCACUAUGUCACCCAGACCAUUCUGGAACUCGUGUCAAGUGAUCCACCCACCUUGGCCUCCUGAAGUGUGAGGAUUAUAGGCAUGGCCUACCACAUCUACCCUACAUGUAUUCCGUCUGUUGGAGCUCAGAACGCAACACACCAAAACAUGGCACCUUGGUAAUUAAGA